AUGCAGGGUGCUGCUGCAGCUUUCGCACGCUCCUCUGGUGGAGUGUCCGCUGGCUCCACCAAAGCCUCUGGAGGUGUUUCUUCAGACAUGGCCUCUUUGAUGAAGUUGAAUGGCAUGAUGAACGGCCAUGACAAUCUGAAGAAAAAGAAUCCUCUACUAGACAGUGACGAGGAUGACACAGGUGGAGGUGCUUCGGGGAAUCCUUUGUUAGCGCAAGUGAUUCAGAUGGGUCGUGAAGAACAGGGCCGUGCAGGUGGAGGAGAUCUUCCAACUUCUGCUUCGGGAGGUGGCACUAACGCAAGCAGUAAAGCUCUGGGUGCGUUUUCUGCUCUGGGAAGGGCGAGUGGAGGAGGUGCUGGAGCAGGUGCCCCACCUACAGGCGCAGCAGGCGCAGCAGCAACUGCCGCAAGAGCGUUGAGGAGUCCAGGAACUGAACCACUUUCGACGAGUCCAGAGGAAAUGCUGGCUGCUAACUUUGCUCUUAGGGAUUUGAGACGUGGGAUCAAGGAAUUAGGCAGAAUCGAGGACGAGGUGGAUGGGGAGGACACAACGAAAGCAGAGAUUAAGGUUUCCGGGAAUCUCGUCCCAUUUUGAAAAGCAUCUUGGGGCAGUUUGUUCUCUAAAAGGGAAAAACAGACCUCUCAAGAUGUGAGUUUUCAAAGUCGGAGGUUCCCGGAAGAUGACUACAUCUAAAGAGAGCUCCUCCAAGGCUAGGUCUAGGUGGCUCAAGCUCAGAGCAGGCGUCAAGGUUGGCGGGGCUUUCAAGGGUGACACGCACGAACAGGAACGACGAUUGGAUCGACUGAAAUUGGCGGAAUUGGAAAGAGAGAUUCGCGAGAAAGAUGAAAAGCUCUACAAAGCGGAAUUCACUCUUAAAGAAAAAGUGGCUUACUUCGACAAAGAACGGGCAGCGACGCACUUAGUGUUAAGGCUUGGGAGUUGACAUCUCUAUGCGCGUCUCUAUGGCUAUCUCAAGUAGGAAAGCCAUAGAAAUGCGAGCUAGAGAUGCCAACUUUCAACCUCUAAUAGUGGUGAGCAACGCAGUCGAAAGAUACCGGGACGCCGAAUUGUUGCAGAGACAAAGCAACGACUUGCUGAAAGCGUCGAUCAAAGAACAAGCUGCUCUCCAGGCCGAAGUCGAGCAACUAACUGGUAUGCGUGCAGCUUUGGAAGAGCGGUUGAGGGACUCACGGGAAGAAGUUGCGGGUCUGAAUUUGAAGAUUGAGAUGCUAUCCGCUUCCGUGACACCCUUAGAGGCUAAAGUCGAAGAGCUAACCCGACGUUGCAAGGAGUUGCAGAGUAUCUCGACGAUGGAUGAAGACCCUAGGGAUGUGUCUUCUUGGGACAGGAAAAAGCUCACAAAAGAAAUUGAGACGAAUCAAGCAGUGACGGAUCCUAUGGAGGCCGCGAGAAAAGACUUGCUAGAAGCUUUGGCGUGCUUUGGGAGAUUGCGACCCAUGUGGGAGAAGGAUGUGCAGAAUGAAAGGGACAUAUAUUUGCAGGGGACGUAUCGAGGCACAGAGAUUGACGAGGAGACGAUCAUGAAAAACGUGGAUAAGGAAAUUUAUGACAGGAUUUGAUACUGGUAAAGUUUUAUACCUGUAGCUAAGAAGUAGCCUCAUGGUCGUUUACCUAUUUUAGUAUUCCUAAUUUUUUUUUAUACCAAUCUUUCUCCUGCUCUUCUAACGACACUCUGCUUCGGUCUUGAACAACGAAAAAAUGACCAGGGACAUUGCAAGAUACAUCGUGAACGGCUACAGGCGAAAUCAGAAAGAUUGGACCGAGUUCUGCAACGCCGUUGUGCGAGAAUUAACCCAGAACUACGGCAAAGAUGGCGCUUUGUCUUGGAGCUGUGCGAUCGCUUAUAGCUUGAAAACAACUGGGCACAAGGCAAGCACCUACUGUUUCUGCACGCGGCUACACGACAACUUCGUUUUGCAAGUGUGGAGCUCGGCUGCGGUUUAGAAACGUUUUGCAAGAAGUGUGGAGCUCGGCUGCGGUUUAGAAAAUGCGCAGUUACUUGGAAGGUAGAACUGGUGUUCUCAACAGUUUGAUUAUAACGUGGUCUCGACAGCCGGGUAGGUACAGGUAGUAGGGGUGUCUUGAGCAGGAGCAGUGUAGCCGAAGUAGUAGUCCUCGCGACAUUCUACUAGGUAGUAGACGUGUCGGGGACCACUGUUGAGAUGCAUGAUAGGUGGCAUAUGUAACACGAGGACACAUAUGACUUGAAUAUUCACAUCAAUUUAGGGACUUUCCUUCACGAUGAAAGGGAAAGACAUUGAAUCUUGACUCAGAAUACCAUGCACACACGAAAUGCGUGAUAGAACUUGAGCAGUCAUAAUUAGGCACAGAACUGUUGAAAACAUGACACUCGCUUGUAAAUGAUGUUAAAAAAGGCCGAU